AGCUAUAGGACUUGUUGGGAAUACGCUGGUGUUCAUAAGGCAUUCCUUGGCAUGAGUUUAUGGUGUAAAAUUCCCACUUUCAGCUUCAUAUGUUUGUCCUGUAACAGGGAAGAUGGAGGCUGGUGGAGGAGCUGGUUACAGCAAAGUAUUCAAACUGUCAAAGAGAAGUCCACAGAGGCCUUGGAGUUCAUGAAACGGGACUUGACUGAGUUCAGCCAGGUGGUCCAGCAUGACACAGCCUGCACCAUCGCGGCCACCGCCAGCGUGGUCAAAGAGAAGCUGGCUACGGAGGGUUCUUCUGGCACAACAGAGAAAGUGAGAAAAGGACUUUCCAACUUCCUGGGCGUCAUCUCAGACACCUUUGCACCUUCGCCAGACAAGACUAUCGACUGUGACGUCAUAACUCUGAUGGCAACCCCUUCCGGGACCACCGAGUUGUAUGACAGUGCCAAGGCCCGGCUAUACAGCCUUCAGUCCGACCCAGCCACCUAUUGCAAUGAACCAGAUGGACCCUCUGAGCUCUUUGAGGCCUGGCUAUCACACUUUGACCUAGAAGAGAAAAAAAAGGAGAUCUCGGAGCUGCUGGGGAGCAGCCCGUCCAUCCGAUCACUGUACACCAAAAUGGUGCCAGUGGCUGUGUCCCACUCAGAGUUCUGGCAACGCUACUUCUAUAAAGUCCAUCAGUUGGAGCAGGAGGAAGUUCGAAGGGAGGCUCUGAAGCAGCGGGCUGAGCAGAGUGUUCAUUUCGAGGAGGCAGGCUGGGAGGAGGAGGAGGAGGAGUUCCUUGGGUCGUCACCAGCCCCCCAGUUUCAUGUCAACAUUCAGUCUCUCCAAGAGAUGAAGCCACCCUCCCCCAUCUCUGCAGAAUUUGUCACUCCGACCCUGGAGGCAUCCGUGGAAAGCUGGGCUAUGCUGAGCACCCCAGUGGAGGUCACCCCGUCGGAAAGCAGUGAGAGCAUCUCCUUGGUGACUCAAAUCGCAACCCCCCUGGCCGUACCUACUGCCCCUUUACAGACUGGAGCCCAGCUCUUUGGGGCAGGAGACCUCUCUCAGAGGCUGCAGGAAGCGAGUGCGGAAGAGCCGGCCUCAUCACCAAAGCCAGAAGAGCCCAUGCGGCCUCCUCCAGCCUCACAGGAAGUGAAGCCUUCUCCGGAGAAGCCCAAGGAGCAAGUGGAGAACAAGCUGGCAAACAGGAUAGAGAGGGAGGAUGGACCCACAGAUCUGCGAGUCUUUGAACUCAACUCGGACAGCGGGAAAUCCACACCCUCCAAUAACGGGAAGAAAGGCUCCAGCACAGAUGUCAGCGAGGACUGGGAAAAGGACUUUGACUUGGACAUGACCGAGGAAGAGGUGCAGCUGGCACUCUCCAAGGUGGAUAUCUCUGAGGAGCUGGAUGAUGAAGAAUGGGAAAACUGGGAGUAGUAGCCGUUGCUCCCUGUGCCGUGCAUCCUGGGCUCGUCCCCUGCCCCACCCCCUCCUCUGCACCAUCCAAUGUGAAUUAAAUCACAAAGCAACUGGUCUCUCUUCCUGUGUAAAUGUGUUCCAGGCUGGAUGCAUCUCAUCUCUGCUAAAAAAACCCUGUUGGGGGAUCUUGGACCACAGCACACUUGGAUUCUGAUGGUGGCUGGUAUCGCAUGAGGGGGUGCUGAAGAACAUUGUUCUGGGGUGUGUGCAUGUAUAGAAAGUGGCACUAGGCACAUCUUUCCAGUGGAUCCUCUGGACUCAGUCUACUCUUGGAACUGCCCCAGUGUGGAUUUUUAGUUUUUCUUUUUUCGGCUUGAGGUGGAUGUCAAGUGAUGGUGGGUUUGGGGGGGGGAAUAGCUGGACGAUAGGGUGGGGGAGAGUGUCCCUGAGUUUUAUUGCACCUAUAGGAGAAAGGAUUGUUCUUGAUCACUCACUCUAUAGGCUGGCAUUUUGCUGGCUGCAUUCCCCUUUGUGUGACUUUACUGAAAUGCAGCAAUGGGUUUUCUUGGGGAGGACUUGUGGGUAAAUCCCUUUUUCCCAUUGUGACCCACAAACCAGUCAUAAGGGAGGAGAACCUGUAGCAUGGCCACAGGCAGACUUUUCACCCCCCAUGUGCUUCCCCACAUAGCAGCUCAGUUUUCCCCCCAGGAACUGGAACACCUCCCUACCUCAGUUUCCCUCCCAUGUUUCUGGCCCGUUCUUUCUUCUCCCUUGCAGGACUUGAAGCACUUUUUAAACCUUGGGGAAAAAAUUGCACAGAAUCAGGAACCAUCUCCUACGGAAGCCGCCGUGCAGUGACUGGGAGUUUGACAGGAGGCCUCCCCCUUGGGUGGUGCCUUCCAUCUUUGGAGAGCCCUCUUGCUUACGUCAUUAGCUCAGUUCCUCUUGGCUGGUUGCCCUGCUAGACUUGCAUCAGUGGCAUGGUCUGCUCUGAAGGGCUUGUGUUUGCCAAAACCUCUUGCUUUUCUUCUUUCCGUUGUGCUGAUGCCAUUUGGUAGCAUCCAUGGAUCCGUCCACCGGCGUCCAUCUGAGGCCCCUCUGGAAGCCCUUCUUCGCCAUGCUGAGCAUCGCCUGUCCUCCACCCCUUCAGGGA